CUUUUUAUCAUACUUCACACACAACACACGUACUACUAACAUUGUCUUCUCCUCUCAUCUUCUAGAAAUUUCUUCUUUAAAACCUCUGUCUCAACCAGAAAGUUUCUGUUUUUUGCUUGUUAAAAAAAACAAAUAAUAUAAAACAUGGCAAAGAAGUUUCUCCGCACGUUAAUGUUUUGCGUCGUCCUAGUCUUCGCCGCGUGUUCUUUGGUCGUUAACUCCAUUCGCACGCCGCCACUAAAAAUCACGGUCAAUGGCGGAGAUAAGGAAAACGCCGAUAUAGAACAAGCUCAAACUCACCACAAGAAGGAAAUAAGCAAAAAAGGAGGGGUAGAAAUGGAAAUGUACCCAACAGGAUCAAGCUUACCGGAUUGUUCAUACGCGUGUGGUGCAUGCUCGCCGUGUAAACGUGUGAUGAUUAGUUUCCAAUGCUCCGUCGCCGAAUCGUGUAGCGUCAUCUACAGAUGCACGUGCCGAGGAAGAUACUAUCACGUGCCUUCUAGAGCCUAAAAUAUCCGCCGUCUAUUUUUUUUUUUUGACGUCUGUGAUUAAAAAAAUAUCAGUUUUGGCGGCGAAAAUAAAACUCUCUUUUUUAUUGUUGGGAACAUUAAAUUAAAAGCUAUGGGCCCUUUUAUUAUUAAUAUUGGGCUUUUAGGCCUUUCUAAAGAGAGUUGUAUGAAUGACACGGUCGAAUCAGAUGCUUGAGAACCGUCACAACUCAAAGUCAAAUGUUUCGGUUGGCCAAUUUUGUUUUGUUUUUUUUGUUUUUUUUAAUAUGUCCCCAUCAGACCGGUUGAACCAGAAGUCAAUGUAAGAGUAUUUACACUUUUAAUUCCUAUGAAUACGUUUGAUA